CGCCAUCGUUUUCGCUCAAUCCACCCCCAAAUUCUCUACGCACACGCGGGCUCUGCUUUGCAGCUUCUUCAACGUCACAGCGUACACCAUACGAUGCAUUUAUCAACCUUGCUUCUAGCGCUUGGUUUCUGUUUUUCGGUCGCUGUAUACAUUUUUCGAAGCCCCUCGAUCAAGAGGCAUGGAAAAGCGUUGAAGUGAGUGAUUUACAAACGUGAUGAGCCGCCCCCACUUCCAAGUUCAAUGUACCACAUGAACUUCCCCAAACCUAUUCCCCCUUUCCUGGAGUUGAGAAGCGACAUCUUCGAAAGCAGGCUUUGGGGAUGUUACUUACUGAUCUUCACAUAGACGACCACCAAAUACACUACCCCUCGCAGGCAAUGGCCUUCUAUUCCUCCAAGCACGCCACAAGCUCUUCUCGUGGUUCGUAAAAUGUGAAAGACAAUUCGGAUUCGAGACCUUUCAGAUAUCCGUUCCUUCGCUACCACCCGGGGUUGUCAUCAAUGACCCCAAGAAUCUUGAGUAUGUCUUUAAGAACGAGGGGAUAUUUUCGAAGGGUGAUUUCUUUAAGCGUCGGUCUUGGGAUUUGUUUGGUGAGUGUUCUUUUUAUAGAAAGUAAGUGGUUGAUGUAGAUGGUACUAAAUAAAGAUAGGCAAUGGUAUUAUAAAUGCUGAUGGAGAGUUAUGGAAAGUGCAGCGGAAAGCUGGUUUGCAUUUUUUGAAUAAUGCCAAUUUGAAGGUCUUUACUGAAGUUGCUCUUCCUCGAUAUCUUGAGGAAAGUGUGAGGGCUCUUCAAAAGGAGAGUUUUGUGGAUUUGCAGGAUGUUCUUCAUGGUAGGCUCACUCUCGUCAUAUAUUCGACCUAUGUUUAUUCUCUAAAUUGUACUAAUUCUUCAAUAAAAUGUUCCGACUGAUACCUGGUCAUAGAGUUGACAACACAGCUGAUGGGACGCAUGGCAUAUGAUGUACGUCUAUUCCCCCAACAACCUUAUGUUUCGAUCAUCGAUAUGCUAAUUGUCUUUCCGGCAUAGAUGGAGAUGCAUCACUCCGAUCCAUUCUCAAAAGCCUUCGACUUCGCAUCUGGAGCCACUGGAGAAAGAUUCCAGAAUCCUCUCUGGCAGAUUACUGAAAUCUUUUUAGGUGGGAGGUUUAGAGAUUCCGUUAAGAAAGUCAAGGCGUUCGGCUCGAAUAUAGUUUCUAAAGCCAUCUUGGCCAGAAAACAAAAGGAUGAAUCUACAAGUAAGGCUACAGUAUCAGAAAUGAGGAAGGACGAAGAUAUCAUGAGCAUAUCUGGGAGUUUGAUAAACUCACUUUUGGAAUCCAUCGAGGAUCACCAAAUGGUUGCUGACGCCGCCUUGAAUUAUCUCACGGCUGGUAUGAUUUCCACCACACUUUUUUCCCUCACCGAAAGACCCUCUAACAAUUCCUGUACAGGAAGAGAUACCACGGCACAAGCACUUACAUGGGCCUUCUAUCUGUUAAUGCGCCAUCCCCACACCAUUCAAAAACUACGCACCGAAAUCACCAAUCUCAACAACCAAACCCCAUCCGCUUCAUCUGACCAAGAGCCCGACCCCUCAACAGCAAAAUACAGCCUGACAUCCAUCCCCUACGCCAUGGCCAUAUUCUACGAAACCCUCCGUCUCUACCCACCCGUCCCCUUCGAACUCAAACAAUGUUCUCAACCCACCACCCUCCCAGACGGAACCUACCUCCCCAAGGACUCCAUCCUCGUCUGGGCAACCUGGGCCAUGAACCGCUCGCACACGACUUGGGGUCCAGACGCCGACUCCUUCAUCCCAGAACGAUGGUUAGACCCAGCCGGAAAUCUGAUAUCCAGGUCCGCAUUCGAGUUUCCUGUCUUUAACGGUGGAUCACGAACCUGUCUGGGCAAGAAGAUGGCGGAGAUGGUGGCGGUGCAGACGAUUUGUACGUUGGUUGACAAGUUCGAUUUCGAGGCUAUGGAUGGGAGGGAGAGGGUUAGCAGGAAUAGUUUGACGCUGCCGAUGGAGGGGGGUUUGGGUUAUUUUGUUCGGGUUAGGCGAUGA